UCUGGCUAUAUCUUCCUAUACUGCGCUUGAACUCUCUCUCUCUCGAUCUUUCAAAUUCUCUCUGUGGCCAUGGCCUCGGUGGAGCAGCCUCCGAAGAAACGUAGGCUGUACGAGACCCUAUCAGAAACUCCUGAUCCAUCACCGUCGGAGGCACCGCCACAACAGACCCUAGACGAGCAACAGCAGAUCGCCGUAGCUCCACCGCCAACACCACCGCCGCUGUCUCAGGAUGAAAUUCUGAUCAGGCGGAGGAACAAAGAGGAGAUUCGAAGCGUUUAUGAAUGCUAUAAGCGAAUUAGGAUUUGCCUCUCGCGGAAAGACGCUGCUUCCAUGCCUGACAUCGAGCAGACUUAUCUCUCUCUCAUUACCGCUUCCAGAGGUUGUACAAGUGUACAACGUAUAGUGGCUGAUCUCAUUCCUCGAUAUGCGUCACAUUGUCCAACUGCUCUUGAAGCUGCAGCAAAAGUUGUUAUCAACAUGCAUAACUGGUGCUUGGCAGUGAUAAAUAGAGGAGAGGAUUCUGAUGGGGUUGCAUUUCAAACUGCUAAAACCUGUAUCCUUGGUCUAGUAGAUAUCUGUUGCACUGCUUCUUCAGAGGCACCAACAUCAUCUGUCAUCCGAGGCAUUUGCUCUGCAGUUUUUCAGAAUGUGCUUACCUUCUUCAUAUCCUCUCUUGAGGGAAAGGAUAUCUUUCAGAUUGUUGAUAAGGAAAUUUUGAAGAUGCAAGAUUCUGCUGACAUCUUUGCUAAGCUAAAGCAAAAGUUUUCAGAUGAAGAUGUAUCUUCAUUAAUAAAACUAUCCAAGUUCCGUGUUCUAAGUUUACUACAGAUUUUCUUUUGUUGCCCUAAAAACUUGCUUGCUGCCUCUUUUGAGCCCCUCAACUCCAGUGUAUCAGAGGCAGUUAACAAAGAGGGCCAGUAUUUUCUGAGUCAGGUGACAAGCAGGCUUGUCGGAGAUGUGGCUCCUGUAUCGGAUAAAACUAGUGAUGAAUCUAAAUCAUGCAUAGGUUCUUUUGACAAAAGCACCAGAGGCAGCGAGUAUAGUUGUCAGGAGCUAGUAUCAGAUGUCAACCAUGUUUCAGGAUAUGCAUCACCUGUUCCAAAGAACUGCUUGUUGGCUAUGGUUCUGGUAAAAGACCGAUCGUUGCUGAGAUGGAUUUUCGCAAAGUACAAGAAGUUAACUAAUUCAUCAUUUUCUAAUACUAUUUCAGAAAUUACAUCUGCUAUGGAAGGAAUCAUUCAAUCAUUUAAAGAAGUAAUGUCUAUAGAAGACAGUCUGGUAGAUUGUGAUGAGGAUGAUCCUGAUCCAUCAAAGUAUAUUAAUCAGCAAUAUAUUGUGCCUAGGAUCUCUAAUCAACAUGAACACUCCAGUGAUCUAUCUGGAAAAAAAGGUUCUGCUCAUGAUAUUGGAGGCCCGAGGUCCAUGGAUUCUGAGUCUGGUGAGCAUGGAGAUUUGUCGCAUGGCAGGUCUUCCAGGGACAUAUUUUCACCUGCCAGAAGAACACCAUUAGACUUCAGGAGUAAUUCAUUUGAUGGGAGAAGUAAUUUUUUUCAAGUUGAGAAGAAUCAGGUUUCAAAUAUGGAUUUCAGUUUACCUACUAUGAGGUCCUCCAGUGGAGGCAUACAUAAUGCUUUGGCAUCUCCUAAACAUCGCUUGGCAACACCAUGUACUUCCACGUCAACUCAAAUUGUUUGGUACUCUGACGGCGACCCUGCAGCUAUGGAUAUUGUCUCUGCUUCUAAAGAGCUCUGGGUGGGUUUUUCAGGACCUGAUACAUCUGAAGCUCAUAUACGGUUUCAGUUUGAGAGGUUUGGUCCUAUAGAACAAUUUGUUUUCUUUCCAAUCAAAGGAUUUGCCUUGGUUGAGUAUAGAAACAUCAUUGAUGCCAUAAAGGCUCGGGAGUAUACGCGGCGGCAUUAUCCAUGGCAUAUAAAGUUCGUGGAUGUAGGAUUGGGAACUAGGGGUGCUAUGAAUGGUGUUGCGGUUGGUUCUAGUUUGCAUGUUUAUGUAGGAAAUAUUUCUAGCCAAUGGGCCAAGGAUGAGAUUCUGCAUGAAUCAAGGAAAGUGCUUUAUAAUAAGGGUCCUUACAUGGUUACUGAGCUUAGUAGUGAAGGUGCAUUACUAAUGGAAUUUGAAUCUCCUGAAGAAGCUGCCUCUGUGAUGGCCCAUCUCAGACAGCAUCGUAAGGAAAGAUGUAAUUAUCGGGUGCCUCUAAAUGUGGGGCCAGCUAACAUUGCAGUUCCUCUUGUAGAUGGUCCAAGAUCUGCGUCUAUCCAUGUUGACAUCAGAAGCAAUAAUCUUGGAAACAUGUCUGGCAGUAGUAUUGGAUCACCUCAUACUCGAACCAUACCGGGGAGCCCUGCUGACAGCUGUAGGACGAGGAUGUCUCACUUAUCUUCCUUACUUUCAUCGCUACGUACAAAAUAUAAUAUCAAUCAAACCUCAAGCUAUUUUGACAAUUAUAUAUCUGGAAACAGCCGUACUACUAUGAUGAGAGAAGAAGAUAAAGUGCCAUCAAGUACUCUCUGGAUUAAUCUUCCAAAUACUAGCUCCCCAUUCCUCACAGAUGAUGACCUAAUGGGCAUUUGUAGUCUUGCUGUCGGCAAUGUAGGGUCUGUGAUCAGGCUGACACAAGCAAAUAUGCAGAUGGGGUGUGGUUGGUUUGUUGAAUGCAGCAGUGUAGAUGCGGCAAUAACAGUUUUGAAGAAUCUCCGUGGUUGUCCUGGAGUGUUCUUUCAGAUAGAAUUCAGUCAACCAGGGAAGCACCAUCCUUUCUCAAUCAAACAUGAGAGCAGCUCUAUGGAACUUGUAUCCCCCAGAAUAAAACCCGAUAAUCAUGCAAACACAGCACAGGGUGGGUAUUCGUUUCAGUCAAAAUGGGCAGUUUCUAGCUGUGUAGAGAUGUCUGAAGUUGGGGUGAGAAAAGUCGAUGGUUAUGAGAAUAACAUGGUGCUGGAUCCUUCUCAAGGAGGUGGUCAUGUUGUUUCUGGUUCUGCUGAACAAAUGUGGAUGUAUAAGAAACCUGAAAUCGAGCUACAUUCUGCUCCAGUGAACAUUCCAUGUAUACCCUUAGCAACACAGGGACCUCCUAUUCCACCACCACAGCAAAUUCAGUCAUCUCCAUUUAUGCGACCUGUUUACCUACCUCCAAACAGUUCCUGGGAUGCACGGGGUCUAAGUCAUCAUAUGCCUUUGAACCCAGUCUCUCCAGGUGUAAUGCCUAAUAAUUUUCACAGUAAUGCUGUUGCAGCUCCUUUUGUACCUGCUUCUGUGACUCCACUUGCGCAGAUACAAGGAACUCCAAUGCAGCAUUUUGACCAAAUGUUUUCCUUGCCUGUCGUACCACCACCUUUAUCGUCCCUGCCACCUCCUCAGCCUGAAUUGCCACCUCCAUUGCCUCCAUCUCCACCUCCUUUGCCUCAGUCACAGCCACCUUCAGUCCCUCCUCCACCCAGUUCUCCCCCUCCACUUCCACCUGUCGCAGAACCGUCCAAUAUGGAAAGUUCUGAACAGGGUCCACAAUAUCAGUGGCAAGGUACAUUGUGUAAAAGUGGGGUUCAUUACUGCACAGUUUAUUCACAUAGAUUGGACUCCGAUUUUUGCAAAUAUUCAAACCCCAUUUCUGAGCCAGCUGAAUGGCCUGCUAAAUUAGACAUGACCAAACGCACAGAUUUCCGGCAUGUGAAAUCAACAUUUACUAGUACCCCGCCACAUAAAAGGGAGGUAUGUCAGCUGAUCCCAUCUUCUGCAGGCGACCAUAAAGGCUUUCAGGAUUUCAUAUCAUACUUGAAGCAGAGGGAAUGUGCAGGAGUAAUCAAGAUUCCAGCUGUGAAGUCCAUAUGGGCAAGGCUUCUCUUCAUACUCCCCUACUCGCAUGAUAUAUGUUCCAUGCUCUCGAUAGCUCCUAAUCCGUCUGAUUGCCUCAUUGCUUUGGUUUUGCCCAAGGAAACAAACUUGGAAUGGAUUGUGGUGAGGAGGUUUGGGGUGGCUCGCAAAACAAAGAAUCAAAAUUUUGGUCAUCACACGGUCUCCUUUUUCCAUAUUCACCGGCUUCAGCAUUCCCUUCGCGCCUUUCCCGGCUCACUCCGUCCCUCUCUCUCGACUGAAUUUGAUCGGGCAAAAAUGUCGAAUCGUUACAGUAGCAACAGGCAAGAGGGAAACAAGGAGGGUUUCGGCAAAACCCAGAAGAAAUUCGUACCCAAAAAUCAGAGCUCAAGCACAAAAGAACCGAAUCCAAACCCAAACCCCAACUCCAAUCCCACACUCUCAACUUCUCUGAGACAAUCGCUUUCGAAUCAAUCGGAUGGCGCCACGGCGAGCUCCAGCGCCGGGGCGCCGACGACGAGCAGGGUUCGGAUGGGGGAGAACGGAGAGUGGGUAUCCGGCAGAGCUCAGGGUGGCAAUUUCGUAAAUUACUUGCCCCAAGACGAGGCGGUGGCGGCUGGGCUCGGCGCCAACGAAGGUGGAUUGGACCCCGUGGAGUCUCAGAGAGUCGUGGAUCUUUUGAACAGAGAGUUGUCUCGGUUGCUCAAAUUGAGCCCUAGGAACUUCUGGACAGAAGUGGCUAGGGACACUUCCUUGCAUGAAUUUCUUGAUAGCUUCCUACAGUUUAGGAGCAGAUGGCAUGAUUUCCCCCAUCAUGGAGCCAAGGGAAUAGUUGCAGGGGUCAUUGUUGGAGAGCUCGAGUUAAGCCGCCGUGUCUUUAUGGUAUUGUAUCGAAUAUCUUCCAAUAGAGAUCCUGGUGCUCGGGCUGCUGAUAGUCUUAGUCCAAAAGAUCAUGGAGUUAUUUUGCAGGAAAAGAAGUUGCUGGACUUGCCUAAGUUGUUAGAUAUAUGUGCCAUUUAUGGUCAUGAAAAUGAAGAUUUGACCAGAAUAUUGGUUGCAAAUGCUUUGAAAGCCCAGCCUAGGAUCCAUGAUAACUUAACUGCAGUGAUGUCACAUUUUCUGAGCAUUGUCCACACGAUGAAUCAACGCUGCAGCUCACAUUUGCAGGCCCUAUUUUCCUCUGGAAGCUGUGAAGACCAGGGAUCCAGUCAACUUCAUGCUGAUUAUUUAGAGGUGAUGGACUUCAUAAAUGAUGCAAUUGUAUCCAUGGAUGCUUUUGUAACUGCAUACAAACCAGCGGCUGUAUAUUUCUCUUGCCCUGUUGAGUUAAGUUCUGGGAAUGAGGAAUUGCUAAACACCCUUGUGAGAUUGCAUGAUUCAUUGCUACCAUCUCUACAACGGGGAUUCAGAAUCAUCCUUAAAGCAAGGGAAGAUGGAAUGAUAUCUGACAUUGCUAUAAGCUUGAAGAUGUUAUCAUUGAGAAUAGUCAAGUUCGGUUGGAAUUUAUUGGAAAUUUGCCAUCUAAGUGAAGAAGUGUUUGAAGAUAGCUUCCCCAUUCCUCCUGCCACAAAGAUGUUUCCAGCCAAUGUGGAGGAUCCUGUCAUAAGAGCAGAUAUUAUAGUUCAGACUUUUAGGGAAAUAAAUGGGGUUUCCCUACAAUUUCAGGAGAAUGAACACCAGGAAACAUUUCUUCAAAAUGUUGAGAAGGUUCACAAUGCAAUGAGCAAACUUGAGAGUUUACAAAAUACUGGAUGGAUUUUCAUGGAUGAAGAACAGUUUCAGUAUCUAUCUGGGUUGAUGCAUUCUCCAAAAGCAAUUAUUAAGGAGCUACCCUCUUCAAGAACCCCUCUGGCGAACAACAAAGUGCAGAUGGAUGAAGAUGCUGCAAUAAUGGAUUCCAAAAUUUGUCAGAUUAAGGACCUCUUCCCUGAUUAUGGUAAAGGGUUUCUUUCUGCCUGUCUUGAAGUCUAUAACCAGAAUCCAGAAGAAGUGAUUCAGAGGAUUCUAGAAGGAACUCUCCAUGAAGAUCUGCAGUCCUUGGACACUUCACUAGAUUCAAUCCCAAUGCCCAUGUCUGCUUCAACUGUGAGCUCAAAUGAUAAAGGGAAAGGGAAACUAGUGGAAUCUACAUCACAAAAAGGGAAGAUUGAAUCUAGAACAUUAUCAUCUACUAACAUGGUGUCUGUGAUUAAGGAGCAACCAGUUGAGGGCCCCUCAUUUUCAUCCUCGUCUUCUCUUGGAAGAUAUGUUAGGAAGUCUCGAGCUGAGUUGCCUGAUUCUAAUAUCCUUGAUACCAGAAAUGAAAAGGAUUCAGCAAUUGCUGGUGCUUUUGUUUCACAGUAUGAGUAUGAAGAUGAAUACGAUGACUCUUUUGAUGACCUGGGUCUGAAUGUAGGGGAGACGGGAGUGGAGCAAAAUGAGAUACUGGGUGAUAAAAUGAGCUCAAAUUUGGGGAAAUCUUGGGGAACACAGACUGAAAGCUCUGCUCAAAAUGCUUCUAGUUCAAAAUGGGGCUCCAGGAAGAAGCCCCAAUUCUUUGUCAAGGAUGGUAAGAACUACAGUUACAAAGUUGCAGGUUCAGUUGCAGCUGCAAAUAGCAGCGAAGCAUCUCUAGUGUCUCAGGCGCAACAAGAAUUGAUUUAUGGCCUUGGACGAGGUGGCAACCUUCCUCUUGGUGCAGUGAGGAAGCUGAAUGAGGCAUACGAGGAACAAGAUAACCAGAUUGAUGUUUCUCAGGGGGAAGGGAGAGGAAAUGUGGGGAACCCGAGAGGCAGGGGAAGAAGGGGAGGGGGAAGACCAAGAGAGUCUCAUGAGGAGCAAGAUAAGCAGUCUGAUGCUUCUGAGGUGGAAGUGAGGGGGGAUUUGGGGAAUCACAGAGGCAGGGGAAGGAGGGGAGGGGGAGGGGGUAGAAGCAAUCAUUACAGGAAGGACCGUGCCAUGAGUAAGCACUUUGCUGGAUUGACUGGCUUCUAGGUACACAUAGGUUACAUCAUAGACUUUUUUGUUAUACACUUCUAAGCAACGAAAAAGAACAGGAAAAAGAAAAAUGAAAGGACAUCGCUUGUAUAGUGCUUCGGUUCGGUUCCUUUGCAAGUUUCCAUUUGAGAAGCCACGGUCUUUAUUGCCAUCUGGAUCAAUUUACAUAGGUUGAGUUUAUCUUUUGAAAUGUACUGCAUCCCUAAGGUUUAUAAUUUCUAUUCAGUUAAUGCAGACGAUUGGUUAA